GUGCAGUGGGAGGAGAGACAGGGAGGGAGAAGGAGGAGAGACAGGGAGGGGAGACAGCGGCGGCAGCAGCCAGGCACGUCAUAGGCACGCAGGGUGGAAGGACUGAGCAGUUUAAGGAGGACAGGCGCGUUGUUCCUCUUGUGGUGGUGGUGAUUUGAUGUGGAGAAAGAAGAAGAAGAAAGCGACUGAGAAAGCAGCGAGCUCGUCUUAUUCUUAAACGGAUUUUAUGUGUUGGCUCCUCGCGAAAUGUGUACUCCGUGUUGUAUCUCGCAGCUGGCCUGCUGCUGCGGCUCAGCGGCCUGCUCGUGCUGCUGUAACUGCUGCCCCAAGAUCAAACAGUCCACAGGGACCCGCAUCAUGUACGCCUUCUACUUCCUGCUGGUCACCAUCGUCUGUUGCAUCAUGAUGUCCCCCACUGUGGAGAAGGAGUUGAGAGACCAUAUCCCCUUCUACAGUGAGUUGUGUGAGAGGAUGAAUGCAGGGGAGAACUGCAAAACUCUGGUUGGCUACUCUGCCGUCUACAAGGUGUGCUUCGGCAUGGCCUGCUUCUUCUUAUUUUUCGCUUUCUUCACCAUACGAGUCAACAACAGCACAGGCUGCAGGGCGGCCGUGCAUAACGGGUUCUGGUUGCUGAAGUUUAUUGUGCUGGUGGCGUGCUGCGCUGGUGGCUUCUUCAUCCCGGGUCAGGAAACCUUUCUGGAAGUGUGGCGCUACAUAGGAGCAAUUGGCGGGUUCAUUUUCCUGCUGAUCCAGCUCAUGAUGUUGGUGGAGUUUGCACACAGAUGGAACACAAACUGGAAUUCAGGAGUGAAGUAUAAUCGCCUGUGGUACGCAGCUUUGGCCUUCGUAACUCUGAUGCUGUUCAGUGGUGCGGUAGCAGCCUUGGUGUUCAUGGGUGUGUUCUACACCGACCCCGAGGCCUGUUUACUUAACAAGAUCUUCCUGGGCAUCAACGGCAGCCUGUGCUUCAUCGUCUCCCUGUUGGCCAUCUCCCCAUGCAUACAGAAAUUGCAGCCCACAUCAGGUCUGCUGCAGCCAGGAGUCAUCAGUGUGUACGUCAUGUACCUCACCUUCUCAGCCUUCUCCAGCAAACCAAAAGAGAUGGUGGAAAGAAAUGGUGUGAACACAACCGUGUGUGUGUUUCCCUUAAACGCUGGAACGGAGAGCGACAAGAAGAUUGUCACCAUUUUUGGAACCAUUAUCCUGUUUGGCUGCAUUCUUUACUCUUGCUUGACAUCCACCACCAGGCGAAGCUCUGCAGCGCUCAGAGUGUGUAGGAACAGUGAGCCAGAGGCUGAGAGAGCUCGCUGCUGUUUCUGUUUUGGAGAUGACACAGAUGAUUGUGAUGAGGAGAAGACUGGUGGAGGCCAGAACGUGGUGUAUGAUGAGAGAGAGGCUACCAUCUACACCUACUCCUACUUCCAUACUGUCUUCUUCCUGGGAUCCCUCUAUGUCAUGAUGACUGUCACCAACUGGUUCCAUUAUGAUAACCAUAAGAUUGAGAAGCUGUUGGACGGGAGCUGGUCAGUGUUCUGGAUCAAGAUGGUUUCCUGCUGGGUCUGUCUCUUCCUCUACAUGUGGACCCUUUUCGCUCCCAUGGUCUGUCCGAAGCGCUUUGAGGCCUAGGACACCCGCCACUACGCUAGAGUCAGGCUACUCUGAUUCUUGGGAUGUGGCCAGGCAGAAGCUCGCACGCUGAGCCAAGAGACCUACACUACCCUCAGCGUUUGAAAUGGAGGAAGAUCUGUUGCCUUUUGUUUUGUAUAUGCUAGUGUUUAUUUUACUUUGUUUUACAAUGUUAAGCUGUUAAUACCUUGAUGGUAAUUUUGUUAUCUUUUACUACCACUUACUCAUGGAGUUUUGUAUUACUUACAGAUUUGAGAUUACAUAAAGAAUCAUGGGAGUUGAGUUACAUUGUGAAACAUGGGAAGAGUUUGUUCCCUAUAGAUUCUUUCAUAAUUUCAGAUUUGAAAGCAUAUUUUGUAUUUCCUGUAUGUGUCAGUUUUCUUGGAUUCUCGCUUUUAAUCUCAGCCAGGCAUUUCAGUUAUGUACAGUUGGACCAUAAAGUUGUAGCAAAGUUUUGGGACAAAUGUAUUUCAGGUUAGAGAUAUUACAAGAGAAAUUGUAUUUAUUUAAGUGUGUCUUAAGUAAUCAGAAAUCAUUUAUGAAGAACUGUGGUGUGAAUUGAAGUAGAUUUGUCCCCGACUCUGUUUAAAAACUCAUCUCUCAGGCUCACAUUUAAGCUGUAUAUGUUUGUGCUUUGUUAUAUUGCUCCCUUUUUGUAGAAGUUUUCUAUGCAAAGGAACAAGUCUUUUCAAUAUUAUACCCAGUGUUGUGAAGUUUCCACUUAGAUUUCAAGGAUGUUUCAGAUUUUAUUAUUGUCAGUGCUCCAUUUGAGCCAGAUUUUUUCUUAGGAAAAUCCCUGUCAUCUGUACAACAUUUCCAGUCAUCAUUGUUGUUGUACAGGGCAGUGCUCCUCAAAUCAACCUGCCUUAUGUAAGAGUGACGUUAGUGGAGUGCCGCCUCUCUGGAAGAGCUGCAGUGACACAGAUGAGGAACGUUUGCCAAAGGUAGAUGUCAGAAAACACUACAGUAUCACAAUUGUUUGGUCAGUUACAGAGAAUAAUAUAACUGAGAACAUUAUGUAUUUGCAUGCACACACAGACACUUGAAUCAGCUGUUUUCUGUACAGUUAUAAAGGCUUUUGUUACGUGUGUCAGCUCAUAAUGGUGGUCAGAAUAAGGUAGCAUAAGUGCUUUUAUUAGUGAGUUAUUCAACACUGGAUGUUGGGUUUACUGCCAAAAGGAAAUUCACACAAAGACCUUCACUUGUUUGUUACCUGUGUAACAGAUUUCUGUUGUAUUAAAAUACAAUUUAUUGCGCAUUGUUAACUGCAAGUCAUUUGUUUCUCAUUCAUCAAUAAAUCAUUGUCUUUUUUUUGUUUUAUAAUAACUUAAAAUGUACGUACAUUUUGGCUUAAAUUCUGUGGAAAGCAAAUUGUGACUUAUCUUUUUUGGAAACAUUUCUGCUUUUAGCUAUUGGUAUGAAUGUAGAAAAUAAAUGGUGCUCUGCAGCUUUGAUUUAAAAAAAUAAAAUAAAAAUCCUAAAUCAGUUAGCAGGACCCACUGUGAAGGCUGUGUACUACCAUAACAUACAGGGACACUAAUUUGGACCAAGUAGUGUGUUUGAAAUACAAAGAUGUGGGUGCCAUGCAGUUCAUAGUUCACACUCUUUCAAUAAAACUCCAUUGAAUGCCA